AUGGGAAUCUUACAAUAUAUAUUGCUAGUGUUGGCAUCCAGUACUUGUGUUGUAGCUAAACUAGCUCAAGGAACAUAUGAUGUUUCCGGUGUAAGGAAGCCUUACAUUGUGUACAUGGGAGAACUGCCGGAACCUGGAACCCCCACCAUGGCCAUGACCACGGCUGGCCAUGAUAACCUGCUCACAACAGCAAUUGGAGAUGCCGAGAUAGCCAGACAAUCCAAAAUUUAUAGUUAUGGAAGGAGCUUCAACGGCUUCGUAGCCAGAUUGUUGCCGGAUGAAGCAAAGAAAUUAGCAGAUGAUGAUAGUGUUGUUUCAGUGUUUCCCAACACCAAGCUCAAGUUACAUACAACAAGGUCAUGGGAUUUCCUAGGAUUGCCUGGAAACACAAAGAAACGAAACUUGCCAAUAGAGAGCAAUUUCAUUGUGGGUGUGAUAGAUACAGGAAUUUGGCCGGCUUGUCCCAGUAUGAACGAUUCAGGCUUCGGAUCACACCCCAAAUUUUUUUUAAGGCAAAUGCAUGAAGGGCUCGAUCACACUGGAUCAUUUCAAUACAGCAAGGUAAUCGGUGCCAAAUACUUUAUGCUGGACAAGAUGCCAGGCCCUGAUUAUGGAAGUCCAGUUGACACUGAUGGCCAUGGUACAGACACAGCCUCCACUGUUGCUGGUGUACCCGUCCCAAGUGCCAGCCUGUACGGCAUAGCGAAAGGGACUGCUCGAGGUGGAGUGCCUUCUUCACGUAUAGCCACGUACAAAGUAUGUUGGGGUGGUGACUGCGGUGACAUGAACAUCUUGGCUGCGUUUGAUGAAGCCAUUGCUGAUGGUGUGGACUUGAUAUCAAUCUCCAUUGGUGGUCCUUCGAAGAAUUUCCUCCAGGACCCGAUUGCUCUGAGAUCGUUUCAUGCCAUGAAGAGAGGGAUUUUGGUUUCAACAUCAGCCGGGAAUAAUGGACCAUGGCUAAUGACUGUGGCUGCUACUGGCCUUGACAGGCGGUUAAUGACUCUAGUUAAGUUGGGUAAUGGCAAAAAAAUUUAUGGAAAUUCAAUCAAUACCUUCAACCCCAAGAAACAGAUGUAUCCUCUUACAAGUGGGGCUCAUGCUUCCAACGUUACUUCAGACCGCAACGGAAAUGCGAGUGCUUGCCAUACUUCGACACUAAACCCUCAGAAAGUGAAGGGAAAUAUUGUACUGUGCAAAGGAAGAAGUCAUCAGGAUCUAACCAUCAAAGAGCUUAAUGGGGUAGGGACCUUGAUGACAGAACACGAAAUGCUUGAUUACGGUGAAACCCCUAUAAUCCCAGCAACCUAUGUGCUUGUUAAGGAUGGACUUGAGAUUGAGCGCUAUAUAAACACUACAGAGAACCCUACGGCUGUCAUACAGCGGACAACAACUGUUCAUAUGGAUGCCCCCUUCAUUGCAUCUUUCUCUUCCAGAGGACCUCAACUCAUAACCCCCAACAUCCUCAAGCACGAUCUUGCUGCACCAGGGAUAGACAUACUAGCUGCAUAUUCAGAGCUGCCAUCUCUAACGGAAAGUCCAGACGACUUGCGCCACUAUUCGUUCAACAUGGUCUUAGGUACAUCCAUGUCCUGCCCUCAUGCAACUGCAGCAGCCUCCUACGUCAAGUCUUUCCACCCAGACUGGUCCCCGGCUGCUAUCAAGUCUGCUCUCAUGACAACCGCAAUACCAUUAAAAAUCAAACCCCUGUAACCGGAGUUUGCUGCCGGAGCAGGAAAAAUACGGCCAAUGAAGGCAGUGCAUCCUGGCCUUGUCUAUGACAUUUCCAUGAACGACUACAUCAGCUUCUUGUGCAAGGAAGGCUACAACGGCACCAGCCUUGGAAAGCUUAUUGGGGGUAAAAAGAAGUACAAAUGCUCAGACUUCAAACCAACACCUGGCAGCGGUGGCCUCAACUAUCCUUCAAUGUUCUACCUGGUGUGGGAUCCAAACUCUGGCAUUUCAGCCGUGUUCCAUAGAUCAGUAAAGCAUGUUGCUUACGGUAGCUCGGUGUUCAAGGCAAAGGUGACUUCGCCUGAGGACCUCUCCAUAAGAGUCACCCCUGGUACCUUGACAUUCGAUAAGAAACAUCAGAAGCGAUCUUUCACGGUUGUGGUGAAGGGUGGCCCGAUGAAAGGGAAAAAACGAAGUCUCUCUGCUCUACUAGAAUGGUAUGACAAUAGUCACAGGGUUAGGAGCCCCAUCGUAGUCUACAAGCCUACCGCAUUAUAA